AUGAUUAGCGACAAUUACUUCCAUCUCAACGUCUCGGGGCAGAUCAAGUACGCUUAUUUUCCCCUCGGACCAGAUGGAAAUUCCAUUUUUUGUCGUUACGACGUCAUUUCGGGACCUGAUUGGGAAAUUGUGUCUGGUUUGAAGUCGGGAAUAACCCAAAUUGCGCAGCCUGGAAGCCGAAUGGAGAUCGUUACGUUCAACAUGCCCAUCGAAUUUACGUUUAAAAGUACAAAUCCGCAUGGAUGGCCUCAAAUAAUUUUUUCCGUGUACGGAUCGAAUUGGUGGCGUUGCGAGACUUCACGGGGAUAUGCGAGAUGUCAUGUUCCGCUUGGAGGCUCGUCCCGUGAAAUACGUGCCCCACUGUUGAUCGCUCGUUGCAAGAAUUUCUGGGCAGCGAUCGUGAAUUGGUUCAGCGGAAGGAAUCCGGAGUUGAAAGAUCCAAAAGUGCUGGGCGACGGUACGAAAGCAAAGGGACUGUCAACGCAGUCUUACGGAGAAAUUAUCGUUGAAUUGCAGUCCGUUUGUCGAGGCGGUACCAAAAUGGGACUUGAUUGGGGACAACAACAACAACAAUUAUCAUGA